AUGAAUAAGAGGAUUCGUACUUCUGUGAAGAGAAGAUUAGAAAUAAAUGAUGAAGCAGGAAUAGGGGUAUCUAGGAAUUUUCAUUCUAUAGUUGUUGAAGCGGGGGGAUAUGAGGCAUUAACAUUUGAUGAACGAGAUGUAAGGAACCACAUUGAAAAUGCUAGAAGAUUGAGGCUUGGGGUAGGAGACGCCGAAUCAGUUGCAUUUUAUUUUCAUAGGAUGCAACAAGAAAAUUCAAACUUCUACUCUGCAAUUGACUUUGAUGUAGAUGGUCGCAUCCGAAACUUGUUUUGGGCGGAUGCAAGGAGUAGGGCAGCUUAUAAAGCAUUUGGAGAUGUUGUCUCAUUUGACACGACCUAUCUUACAAACAAGUAUGAUAUGCCGUUUGCUCCGUUUGUAGGAGUUAAUCACCAUGGACAGUCAAUCUUGUUUGCCACUCCUCCAAAUGCUAUUAUAACUGACCAGUGCAGAGCCAUGCAAAAUGCCAUACAGAUUGUCUUCCCAGAGGCUCGACAUCGUUGGUGUUUAUGGCAUGUAAUGAAGAAAAUUCUCGAGAAAUUGAGAGGAUAUUCCCAAUAUGAAGCCAUCAAAUUCGCUUUACAAAGUGCAGUAUAUGAUUCUUUCAGAAAAGAUGAAUUUGAUGAGGAAUGGCAAACGAUGAUUGAAAAGUUUAGCCUCCAUGACAACGAGUGGUUGGGAGUAUUAUAUGCUGAGCGACAUAGGUGGAUUCCUGCCUAUGUGAAAGAUAUAUUUUGGGCUGGCAUGUCAACUACACAGCGAAGUGAGAGCAUGAAUGCAUUUUUUGAUGGCUAUGUCAACUCAAAGACUACUUUAAAGCAAUUUGUUGAACAGUACGACAAUGCAUUGAGAAGUAAGGUGGAGAAGGAGACCAAAGCAGACUUCAAAUCUCGAGACAGAUUGUAUGAUUGUUUAACGGUGUAUGAGUUUGAGAAGCAAUUUCGUGCAGCCUACACAAAUGCGAAAUUUAAAGAAGUUCACGUAGAAUUGAAGCGACUACUGUAUCAUCAUGCAAAUCUUGUGAAGGAGGAGGGAUCCAUUUGUACCUAUCAUGUCAAGGAAGCUGUGCUUGUGGGUAAGAAAAUGAAGAAAGUUGAAUUUCUUGUUUACUUUAAUUCAACUGAAUUUGAAAUGCAAUGUGUGUGUCGGUGGUUUGAGUUUAGGGGGAUCAUGUGUGCCCAUUCCCUUAGUGUGCUCAUUGAGAGGAGCAUAUAUGAGGUUCCUAAUAAGUACAUUAUGUCGAGAUGGAAAAAAGAUUUGGAAAGAGGGUACACAUGUAUUCCAACAACAUACACGAAAUCCGGGGCUGCCCUCAAUGCAAAGGUACAUGAGAGCUACCACAAGACAUUGGAUGAAAUUAUAGAAAUUGCUUCCAACGAUGAUGGUAAACACAAAGCCAUUCAACUUGGGUUGAGAGAAAUCAAGGAAAGAGUAAGAAAAGAUGAAUCUCGUUGUGCGAGUAAUGUGCCACCUUCUAGUAGUACUGUCCCACCUUGUAGCAGUAAUGUGCCACCUUGUAGUACUACUCGCAAGGUGCUUAGUCCUUUGGUUGCUCGCCGAAGAGGUCGUCCAUGUACGAAACGGAAGGGUCGUAAGAUGGGUCAAUGUGAACCUCAUAAGUUGAAUUUCGGUUGUACGGAUGGAAUGGAAAAUAAUAUGUACGAUCGGGUGCCGGAAGCUCAAUCCUACUAUUUUCCUUGUAUGGACGGGACACAAGAGAGCGCAUUGCAAAUGGUGGACAAAGUUGGAAGCUCAUCUUUGAGUGAAUCAGGAAUGACGAAUAUAGAUGGUUCAACUUUUGUCGACUUCAAUAUAGAUGUUAAAUUUGAUUCUAAACAGCAGAUUCUGUUCAAACAGGUUUUUACAGAUUUGAAUGUGAAUUUUUGGACAGAUUCUGGAAUGAAUGUUAACAGGUUUUAA